CCCCCAAAACACGCCCCUCGGCACGCACACGAAAGAGAGAGUAGUCCAUCAACAUGGGGAAAGAGAAGAAAGCUCAGACCAACCCGUCCCUUAAUAACCAGGCAGGGAAAGCUGAAAAAGAGAAAAGCAGCGAGCCCGCCAAGGAAGAAGAAGCCGCGAUGAAAAAGAAGCAAGCCAAAGGGGAUCCCAAAGCGGCCCAGGAAGAGGACGUUCACACGUGCUGUGGCUGCCGUUUCCCGUUGCUGGUGGCUUUGUUGCAGCUGGCUUUAGGCGCCUCUGUAACGGUGCUGGGCUUCCUUAUGGCAGGCGUCAGCGUUUCUCUGCUAGUCAGAGACACUCCAUAUUGGGCUGGCAUAAUUGUCUGUGUGGUGGCCAUACUGGGACUAGUGAUGCUUUGCAUUUCUUACCAACCAGAUGAGAAGACCUGCUUGCAGUUUGCCAUCAAGGUUGUAUACUUCCUGCUGAGCGCUCUGAGUGUGAUUGUCUGUGUUUUGGCUGUGGCUUUUGCCUCCUACCGUUAUUCGCAGAUCACACAGUUUACCUGCGAAACCGUCCCGGAGACCUGUCAGUGUAAACUGGACACAGUGGAUCCCCUGAGCAGAACCUUCAUGUACCAGAACGUAUCUGACUGUAAUGACAUCACCGGUACUUUCAACCUUUACUUGCUGAUCCAAAUAGUGCUCAACCUCCUUGCAGCCAUUGUGGGCUUUGCAGCAUGUUUUGUGAUGUGGAAAGACAGAUAUCAGGUCUUCUACGUGGGCAUCCGGUUGUACUCAUUAACUACUACUGGCAUUCAGCAACAGAAAGUAUAGGGGCUUAAUAAGGGGAAGGUAUUGAGAAGAGCAAUAGUAUAUCAUCAUAUCUCACCACCAAAUGGAUGACUGUUUAUAAAACUGGGGAUGAGAGAGAGACAAGGAACUCAUGCUUAAUGAAUAUAUUGGUUCAGAUAAAUUAAGGGAAUUGUAUUAUGGGAAAUUGCUAUGAUAACUAUGGCCAGGCCCUUUGCCACAUCCCCAGAUGCACCACAGAGUUAAGGAGACUCGCGCCUGAACCUCUUGCUGGAUCAGGAACUGCGGGCAUUAUUUAAAUGUGCACUGGGAACAGGCUUUGAAAUCUGGGUGCCAUCUAUCUGUGUGGCAUUGCUUUCAUGGCUCACUUCCACCCCAGUGCAUCCUGUCCUGGCUAAGUACCAUUUUAAGGUGAACCAGAGCUGCAUUGGGGUGACUAUGUUUUAGCCCAUUGUAGUUACCUCUAGGUAUUAGUAGCUUAAUGGGUUGUGUGGCCUACUUCUAGUGUAACAUGGGGACCAAGGGCAACUACCCUGGAUUAGACACAAAAAAGGGAAGCCCCAUGUUUGUACAAACCCUUUCCCAAAAAUAUCUUUCACACAUGCUCUCUCUCUCUCUCUCUCUCUCUCUCUCUCUCUCUCUCUCUCUCUCACACACACACACACACACAGAGGUUUUUGAUUCAUAGAACUGCAUAGAUUAUGGCCCAGUUUAUAUUUACCCCAGCAUCUUCAUUGCCUUCUCCUCCAUGGUUGCUCCAAAUAAUGACAGGUAUAUCUUCUGCUGAGAUGGUUGAGGCAAACUGUAGGAUUAUGUACAAUGCUAGUUAUACCCAUCUCACUGCAUUUUACCGAUGCGAUGCGUAGCCACACAACCUACCUAGACAAUCUCCCAUCUGGAAGAUAUGCAGUCCCACUGCAACCAGCCUUAUGAUUACAAACAAACAAACUAACAAACAAGGAGCUGCAGAAUGUCCUCCUGGCUCUCACAUAUGCUUCCAUAUAGCAUUGGCAUAAAUAGGUCAAAUGCCUGAUAAAUUCACUUCUGGUGUUAAUUUAAUUAUGCAUGGUGAAGGUUGCUGGGAGAAGUCCCAGCAAUGGUGAAUCGGGUUGGAUUUGUACACAGCUGAAUCCACCACAGAUGUUGUUGGCAUCCCAAUGCUCCCCACGUACACCCUAUCACACACAGACUGCUCCCCCCAGGAAAGAGGUAGCAUUCUUACAAAGUAAGCCUAGGUUUAAUUUCAUGGUCAGACACAUGAUCAGAGGCGCCAACAUGGCAAAUCUUUGAAUGAAUGAAUGAAUGAAUGAAUGAAUGAAUGUAAUCUUUAUUGCUAAAAGCGAUAAGCCGUCACAAUUUGACAUAGUUAGAAACAUAAAAUACAAGUAAAAAGAUGAGCUAAAGUAAAUGGAAUAAAAAUAAAUAAUUUAAAAUAAAAAUAGUAAACAAAAAUACAAGAAUAUAAAAAUGAAAAGUCACGUGAACAUAAAUUAAGAGCUCCCCAGUGGGCUCAGCACAUGUAAAAAGGGCAAAAUCUCUAGCUCCCCAGUAUGAAACUUGUAAAUGGUCUUGAUGCCCAGCUCUCUCCACUUACUUGCAGCCAAGGCAAAUUUUGCAACCAGAGCAGUAAUAAAUACAUUAUUGCCAGCCAGCACGAUACAGAUUUGCUCAAGGGAAGGUUGGUUAGAAAGAUAAUGAAGAAUGUAAUCGAGAAAUUUUUGUCUAGGGGAUGUAUAUAAAUCUUUAAGAACUCUAGUUUAAGUUGAUUAUUGUUUGGUCAUUUGUGUGAUGGUUUACAUUAUAUUAAUCUUUGGUCAUGUAUUAGCAGUGACACAAAGUCAUACUGUUAAAAUCACAUUUUUAAAAUUAGCCAUUGGGCACAAUUCAGAUUUUUAAAAACACAAAAGGAACCUGUUUAGGGUUCUUAAUCCUAUGGAAGUUAAUGGUGAAAAUUCCAUUGGCUUCAUUGGAUCUGGAUUUGUAUUCUAAUUCCCACUGAAAUCAAUAAGAUUCAGAAUGUAGCCAUAGGGUGCAAUCCUAUGGAUGUUUAGACAGAAAAAUGCCCUAUAACUUGUAGGGUUCCCCCCCCCCAUAGGAUUUCACUCUUACAAUGUUUAAAGAUACUGAUAAGACUCAAUACCAUCUCUUAUUUUCCCUCCAAACCCCCAAUAGCAUUAAUAAAUAACAUGCUGAUACAUUUUAUAACUGAAGAAAGAGAUAGAUCAAAUAUUUAAGACUCAAAAAGCCAGAGCAGAUGAGAUUAUAUACCUUCAGUUUGUUCCCGUGUUUUCCUAUGAACUUUUUUAAAAAAUGCACACAACUUGCUAGUUUUCUGCUAUAAUGCUUUUCAUGCUGGGGAAAACUUUGUAGGGUUAAAAAAAAAUCCCAUGCACGCACAACAGCAAAUAGUUUUAAUUGAGUUAAACUGAACCAACAAUGGGUUCUAAUUGGUUUUGUUAAUUAUAUUGCCAUCUCAACACUAAAAUCUAUAUUGAUUGUAUAUUAGUUUAGCUAUCUUGACUUCUAGGAAUCCUAGGAAAUGUGGUUAGGUGAACAUGCUAAGAAUUCUCCAUUAAAGAUCCCAAGUCCUCUUCGCAGAGCUACAUGUUCCAGUAUUCCCUGGGGAGAGGGAGUUUAUAUAUUCCCUAAAUUUAGUAUUAUCUGGAGAUAGUACUAACCAAAAAUAUAAUGUAGCUGGAAAAAAUGUGCAACUCAAGAAGGUGAGGAGAAGAGCAAUUUGUUUGCUGGAAAUUUAGCUUUUGUAGAAUACAAAAGAAAUAAUGAAUUAUGAAAUCAAUAAUGAUCUAAAGACAUGAGGGAAUACCAUGGGAUCUAUUUUGUUGUUGUUUAUUCGUUCAGUCGCUUCCGACUCUUCGUGAUUUCAUGGACCAGCCCACGCCAGAGCUUUCUGUCAGCCAUUGCUCCCCCUAGCUCCCACAAGGUCGAGUCCGUCACCUCCAGAAUAUCACCCAUCCAUCUUGUCCUUGGUCGGCCCCUCUU